UCAACAGCCGCCAUCUUGUCGUGGCUCGGAAUUAGGAUUUCGGUCCAACACUGGGUUUUACGUAGAAAUCGAGCAUCCUUACCGCGAUAUGACAGCGUCCUUCUGCCGAAAACGAAAUCUUAACAUCGCUUUGGAGACAUUUUGUGCGAAAAAACUGGAAUCGGAUCGGUGGUCGUCGGGCAGAAAAGCUCCGUAUAUCUGAUUUCCCCUUCAGAGUGCGGCGAUUCAGCCCCUGUCGCCGUUCGGGAGCAGUAUUGUUUACCAGGUCGUGACUUUCGAAGUAAUUUGCAAAAAUACGGCAUUUUUAUGCAAUUGUGCAUUUUUGUGGAGCUUCGCGCGAUUUUUGCAUGAAGAAAUUUGACGUCACGCAAAAUGGGUACUUUGAACAUUUAGAAAUUACGACUUUUCUCCCGAAAUGCAUCGAUCCCCCUGAUUUAACCGGAUUGUCAUUUUGAGGCUCGACUUGUACAUGGGGAAUAUUUUAUUUCGGGAUAUUUAACGAUAAUAAUGUGGGUGUUGGGUGUUGGAUUAUCAUGGGGUGAAUGGCGGUGGCGAAGCGGGGCGCUAUUGCAUCUCUUUUGAAAGACUCACGGCGAGGAGAAGCUAACGCUAACUGGUAACUUAGCUGGUAGCAGGCAAUUAGCUAGCUAUUAGCCAGUUAGCUCACGUUAGCAGGCUGUCGGCUUGCUAAUGUGCUAAUACGGGGAGGUUUGGGCUCACAGAACAACUUCCCUGCCUUUAGGCAAUCGUUAUUAUCCACUUAAGCAAACAGCCGGACAAGAUAGCAACUAUGGCUGAAAACCUGCUGGACGUCGGACCUCCCAACUCCAAGCGGCCGAAGCUGAAUUCACCUGCCCUGUCGGCGUCUGAUGGACAAGAUCUGGGAUCACUGUCUUGGGAUGAUUUGGAAAAUGACCUUCCAGAUGAGUUGAUCCCUAAUGGCGGUGAGCUGAGCCUGAUGGGUGGGAUGCCUUCAAAUGGCGGCACGACACCUGGAGCUGGUGGGCCGGGCGGCACCCCGUCGGGCCUUCCUGGCAACGCGCCCGUCGUCCCCGAUGCGGCCGCCAAACACAAGCAGCUCUCCGAGCUCCUCCGCGCUGGCAGCACCUCCAGUAUCACGGGCUCUGGGCUAAACUCAGCCAGCCCUCAGCCAGGUGGUAUGGGGCCACAGCUGGGAACACCGCUGGGUAAGAGUCCCCUGGGCCAGGGCUCCCCAAACAAUCACCCUUCACCCCAGGCCCAAAAAGCAGGAACACCGACUGGAGUAGCCGGACAGAACAACAACAACAACACUGCAGCUUUGGGCCUGAACACGUCGGGCUUCAAUCAGGCCAUGAUGAACAAUAACCAGGGCCACGCUGGACUCCUGGCCCAGGGAGGCCAGCCUCAGCCUGGGCAGGUGAUGAACGGCGGUCUUGUGCCAGGAGCUGGGAGAGGACGUGGAGCAGGAGUCGCGGGCAUGCAGUACCAAGGGCCGACAAUGCAAGGGACUGCACCUGUACCGGGAGGAACGGGGAGCGCUCUAGCUGAGACGCUCACCCAAGGGGGGCAGCAGAUGGGAGCUCACACCACCCUGAGCGCAGCCCAGCAAGCAGGCAGCAUGAACAAGAUGGGCCUUGGUAGCAAUGGCGGUCCUUUUGGGGCUCAGCCUUACGGUCAGGCUGCAGCCGGACCGGGCCAGCAGCUCACCCCUCAACAGCAGCUCCAGAACAAGGCCGCCCUCGCCAACAGCCUGCCGCCCUUCCCCAACGAGCUGAAAGGGGCUGCUGUGACGAGCGUGCCAAACAUGCAGCUCCAGCAGCAGCCUCAGCAGCAGGCGACGAUGCUUCCACUGGCCGGCGGCGGGGGAGUGGCCGUCCCAUCGGCCGGCCCCACCGCCGACCCCGAGAAGCGCAAGCUGAUCCAGCAGCAGCUGGUCCUGCUGCUCCACGCACACAAGUGCCAGCGACGAGAGCAGGCCAACGGGGAGGUGAGGGCCUGCGCCCUGCCUCACUGCCGCACCAUGAAGAACGUCCUCAAUCACAUGACCCACUGCCAGGCCGGGAAAUCCUGCCAGGUGGCUCACUGUGCGUCGUCCAGACAGAUCAUCUCCCACUGGAAAAAUUGCACACGACACGACUGCCCCGUCUGUCUCCCGCUGAAGAAUGCCAGUGACAAGCGUACCCAGCAGCCCAUGCUGAGUUCCCCCAACGCCGCCCUCCAGAACCCCAUGUCCUCUGUUGGCGUGGGCCAGCCCAGCGCCCCCACCAUCAAUACCUCAGCCCCCAUAGAUCCCAGCUCCAUGCAGAGAGCGUACGCAGCACUUGGGCUGCCCUACAGCAGCCAGGCCACUGGGCAGGCUCAGACCCAGCAGGCCCAAGGCCCGGGACAGGCAGCAGGUGCACAGAACGCCCAGGCCCAACAACAGCAGCUUCAGCAGCAGAUGAGACCUCUCAACGCACUUGGUAACCAGAUGGCUCUUGGAGGUGCUACGAUGGGUGUGACCACUUCAGAACAGACAAACCUGCACACAGACUCCCUCCCCAACACGCUCAACACUAACAAUCAGCUGCCGUCAGAUGGGUCAAGUGUGGGAUCGAUGGGAAACCUACCCACAGCAGCACCCGUCUCUGCCACAGGCUCCAGGAAAGCCUGGCACGAGCAUGUCACUCAGGACCUGCGCAAUCACCUCGUUCACAAACUAGUACAAGCCAUAUUCCCCACCCCUGACCCGGCAGCUUUGAAGGACAGACGAAUGGAGAACCUGGUGGCCUACGCCCGAAAGGUGGAAGGCGACAUGUACGAGUCGGCUAACAGCCGGGACGAGUACUAUCACUUCCUGGCAGAGAAAAUAUACAAAAUCCAAAAGGAGCUGGAGGAGAAGCGACGUUCGAGACUACAGAAGCAGAUCAUCAACCAGGCGCCGAUCGCUGCUCAGGGCGCCCAGCAGCCCUGCCUCCCGCAGCCCAACGCCCUGGGCCCGAGACCACAGAAUGGACCUGUUCCUCUCCCCAACAUGCCAAAUCAGAUCAUGAACCGCAUGCAGGUUCCGCAAGGAAUCAACCAGUUCAACCACAUGGCUCUGCCCAACGCCCAGAUGUCCCAGGCGCCGAUGGGAGCCCGAGCUGCUUCGCCCAUGAACCACCCGCAGCAGAUGAACAUGAGCUCCGUCCCAGCGAUGGGAUUGUCUCCCUCCAGGAUGCCCCAGGCCCAGGGCAUGAUAGCCGGACACAGCGGAGGCAACAUGGUGGGCCAGACGGCCAGCCAGGGCCAGUUUCUGCCUCAGACCCAGUUCCCGCCUGGCUCUGCUGCAGUGGCUGCGACGGGGGCCAUGAAUGUGACGGUGGGGCCCGGGAUGGGCCAGCCACCGGCCCAAGCUGCUGUCACCCAGCAGCAGCAACAGCAGAGCGCUAACCUCCCCAUGAAUGCACUUGGCCCCUCGCUGGGCCCUCAGCUAGCCUCCUCCCAAACCCCCUUGCACUCCACGCCUCCGCCUGCCGCCUCCUCCGCCUCCACGGCUGGGGGGGCCACUAACCUGCCGCACCCCCAGCCCUCCAGCCGCAGCUCCACCCCCACCCUCCCCGGCCCCGGCCCCGCCCCAGCCCCAGCCCAGGGCGCCGCCCCGCCCUGCCCCGCCCAGCCCCAACCCCAGGCGGAGCUCCCCGCAGCGGCGCAGACGCAGCCCCCGCCUCAGCCCCCUACCACGCCGCUGUCUCAGCCAGGAGCCAGUCUGGAUAACCGGGUACCCACGCCGGCCUCGGCCGCCAGCGCCGACCUGCACUCGCAGCACGUCGGGGCCGACCUGCCCGUCCAGGAGGUGAAGACGGAGACUCACCACGACCAACAGGAGUUUGAGGCCGCUGGCGGCAAACCCGAGCCCAAGAUGGAGACUGAGGAAGACUCUUCUUCGGCGUUGGUAAAGAAGGAAGAGCCUGAAGAAAAGACGGAGCAAAUGGAGGUGGAGGAGAAAAAGCCGGAAAUGAAGACAGAACCCAAAGAAGAGGAAGAGGGCGGCGCCAACAGCACGACCUCCUCGUCCCCCUCUCAGUCACGGAGGAAAAUUUUUAAGCCCGAGGAGUUGCGCCAGGCUCUGAUGCCGACCCUGGAGUCUCUGUACCGACAGGACCCCGAAUCGCUUCCCUUCAGGCAGCCAGUAGACCCCAUGCUUCUUGGAAUCCCGGACUACUUUGACAUUGUAAAGAACCCGAUCGACCUGUCCACAAUAAAGCGUAAGCUCGACACGGGCCAGUACCAGGAGCCCUGGCAGUACGUGGACGACGUCUGGCUGAUGUUCAACAACGCCUGGCUCUACAACCGCAAGACAUCCCGCGUCUACAAGUACUGCUCCAAGCUGGCCGAAGUGUUCGAGUCGGAGAUCGACCCGGUCAUGCAGGGCCUGGGCUACUGCUGCGGGAGGAAGUACGAGUUCUCCCCUCAGACCCUCUGUUGCUACGGCAAGCAGCUCUGCACCAUACCUACUGGAGGCACAUACUACAGUUACCAGAACAGGUAUCAUUUCUGUGAAAAAUGCUUUAAUGAGAUCCAGGGGGAGAGUGUGACGUUAGGAGACGAUCCCGCGCAGCCACAGACGAUGAUAUCGAAAGACCAGUUUGAGCGAAAGAAGAACGACGUACUGGACCCUGAACCGUUUGUUGAAUGUAAAGAUUGUGGACGGAAGAUGCACCAAAUCUGCGUCUUACACUACGAGGUCAUUUGGCCUUCUGGAUUUAUCUGUGACAACUGUUUGAAGAAAGGUGGAAAAUCACGGAAGGAAAACAAGUUCUCUGCAAAAAGGUUGCAGUCGACACGAUUGGGAAUGUACAUAGAGGACCGCGUGAAUAAAUACUUGAAGAGACAAAACCACCCGGAGGCCGGGGAAGUGUUUGUGCGAGUGGUGGCGAGCUCUGACAAAACGGUGGAGGUGAAACCGGGCAUGAAAGCCAGGUUUGUGGACACGGGCGAAAUGCCUGAGACCUUUCCUUACAGAACCAAAGCACUUUUUGCAUUUGAGGAAAUAGACGGCGUGGACGUCUGCUUCUUUGGGAUGCAUGUUCAGGAGUAUGGCUCCGAGUGUCCGUUCCCCAACACUAGACGGGUCUACAUAUCAUACCUUGACAGUAUUCACUUCUUCAAACCUCGGACUCUACGGACAGCCGUGUAUCAUGAGAUCCUCAUAGGUUAUCUUGAAUAUGUCAAGAAACUCGGGUACGCCCAGGGCCACAUCUGGGCGUGUCCCCCCAGCGAAGGGGACGACUACAUUUUCCACUGCCAUCCGCCCGACCAGAAGAUCCCCAAGCCUAAAAGACUGCAGGAGUGGUACAGGAAGAUGCUGGACAAAGCCUUUGCAGAAAGGAUCCUGCAUGACUACAAGGACAUCUUCAAACAGGCGACUGAGGACCGUCUGACCAGCGCCAACGAGCUGCCGUACUUUGAAGGCGACUUCUGGCCAAAUGUGCUUGAAGAGAGCAUCAAAGAGCUAGAGCAGGAGGAGGAGGAGAGGAAGAAAGAAGAGAACACUGCGGCGUCUGAAACUCCAGAGGGCACACCGAGUGACAGUAAAAAUGCGAAGAAGAAGAACAACAAAAAAACCAAUAAAAACAAGAGCAGCGUGAGCCGAGCCAAUAAGAAGAAGCCUGGGAUGCCGAAUGUAGCCAACGACCUGUCCCAGAAGUUAUACGCCACCAUGGAGAAGCACAAAGAGGUGUUCUUUGUGAUCCACCUUCACUCCGGGCCCAUGGUCAACACCCUGCCGCCCAUCGUCGACCCCGACCCCUUGCUCUCCUGCGACCUGAUGGACGGCCGCGACGCCUUCCUCACCCUGGCGAGGGACAAACACUGGGAGUUCAGCUCCCUGCGGAGGUGCAAGUGGAGCACCAUGUGCAUGCUGGUGGAGCUGCACAACCAGGGCCAGGACCGCUUCGUCUACACCUGCAACGAGUGCAAGCACCACGUGGAGACGCGCUGGCACUGCACCGUGUGCGAGGACUUUGAUCUUUGCAUUAAUUGCUACAACACGAAGGGCCACGAGCACCAGAUGGUGAAGUGGGGUCUUGGCCUGGACGACGACAGCAACAGCCAGAGCGGCGAGGCCUCCAAGAGCCCGCAGGAGAGCCGGCGCUUAAGCAUCCAGCGCUGCAUCCAGUCCCUGGUCCACGCUUGUCAGUGUCGCAACGCCAACUGCUCUUUACCGUCCUGCCAGAAGAUGAAGCGCGUGGUGCAGCACACCAAAGGCUGCAAGCGCAAAACCAACGGCGGCUGUCCCGUCUGCAAGCAGCUCAUCGCCCUGUGCUGCUACCACGCAAAGCACUGUCAGGAGAACAAAUGUCCGGUCCCGUUCUGCCUGAACAUCAAGCACAAGCUGCGCCAGCAGCAGCUGCAGCACCGGCUGCAGCAGGCCCAGCUGAUGAAGAGGAGGAUGGCCACCAUGCAGGGCAGAACGAUGCCGCUACCGUCCCCGCCGGCCUCGGCCGCCCCCAACACUCCCACCUCCCACACGCAGCCCAACACUCCUCAGACGCCGCAGCAGCCGCUUUCCAACCAGCCGCAGACGCCCAACUCGGCGGGCGUCAUGUCCCCGUCGUUCGCCAACACGCCGCGGCCGGGCCAGCCCCAGGCCCCGGUGUCGCAGGGCAAACCGGGGCCCCAGGCGUCCCCCCUACACCAGCAGCCGUCCCCGCUCCCCCAGCAGCCGCAGCAGCCGCAGCAGCAGCCCCCGCUCGCCGCGGUCAAGAUGGCGAGGCACAUCGAGAUGAUGGCACAGGCCCAACAGAACCAGCAGACCUACCGGGUCAACGCCAACGGCUUGCCCAUGAAUCCGCAGCAGCCGCCGCCGCGCAUGGCCGGCCCGAUGCAGCCCCCCAUGCAGAUGGUGCCGGGCCCCCGGGGGCCGCAGGUCAUGCAGCCCGGCAUGGCGCCCGGCCAGUGGACCUCGGCCGUGGGGUCCAUGCAGGCGGCUCAGGCCCAGCAGGCGGGCCUCGUCCCGGGCCAAACGCCGCAGCCGAACAUGCCCAUGCAGCGCCCCAUGGUGGCGCCGGGGCAGCAAGGUCCGCAGGGCCCGAGAAUGCUGAUACCGCAGCAGCCCGGCGCCCGGCCGCAGACCCCGCAGAGACCCGGCACCAUCCAGCCCAACGCCCUGCAGGACCUCCUCCGCACCCUCAAGUCGCCCAGCUCGCCCCAGCAGCAGCAGCAAGUCCUCAACAUCCUCAAGUCAAACCCGCAGCUCAUGGCCGCGUUCAUCAAGCAGCGGACGGCCAAGUACCACGCCAACCAGCCGCAGCAGCAGCAGCAGGCGGGCCAGCAGCCGGGCAUGCCCACCAUGCCCAUGCCUGUCGGGGCCGUCCAGAGGCCGGGGAUGCCCCCCCAGCAGCCCCAGCAGGCUCCCGUGCAGGGCAUGGCUCAGCUGGGGGCUCAGGGGCAGCUGAUGAACGCCGCGCACAACAACAACAACCCCCAGCUGCAGGAGCUGUACCGCCGGCAGCUGCUGCGACAGCAGCAGGCGCAGCAGGCGCAGCAGCAGCAGCAGGGGGUGAUGCCUCAGGGCCAUCCCGGCCAGUUCCCCGCCCAGGCGCAGGGCACGGCGACCACGUACUCCCAGCUCCGCAUGCAGCAGCAGCAGCAGCAGAUCGCCAUGCAGGCGGGCGCAGGAGCCGCCGGGGGGCCCAUGGGCCAGCUGCCCCCCAUGGCGCAGAUGGCCCAGCAGGGCAUGGGGAUGGACUCCACCCAGAACCUGCUGCACCAGCGGCUGCUCCAGCAGCAGCAGCAGCAGCAGCAGCAGCUCCCGCCCCAGCAGCAGGCCGUCCUCAAGCAGCAGCUGGGCUCGCCGGCCCAGCCGAGCCCCAUGAGCCCGCAGGCCCACCUGCUGGCCGGCCAGCCCCAGGCCGGGGCCCACCUGCCCGGUCAGCCCGCGCUCGCCAACGCCCUGAGCAACCAGGUCCGCUCCCCUGCCCCGGUCCAGUCGCCGUGUCCGCCCUCGCAACAGCAGCCGCCACAUUCCAGCCCCUCGCCGCAGGUGCAGAGCCAGCCGCAGCCCUCGCCGCAGCACCCGCCGCCGCACUCGGGGUCGCCGCACCCGGGCCUGGGGGGCCCGCUGCAGUCCAUGGAGCAGGGACACAUGGGGACGCCAGAACAGAGCGCCAUGCUCCCGCAGCUUAACACGCCCAGCAGAGGAGGGCUGAGCAGUGACCUGGGGAUGGUGGGAGACGCCACGGGGGACACGCUGGAGAAGUUCGUGGAGGGAUUGUAGCAUUUCUGCUGGGAACUAAAGAACACAUUGUCACUCCCAGGGACCCUUCCUCCCUCUCCUCCUCCUCCUCCUCCCCAUCCUCGGACUCUUUAUCCCGUCAGAGGGCUUCGUUUGUUCUUUCUAAGGUUGAGAACGUUUUUUUGUACUGACAUGUAAAAAGUUUCAACUGCAAAAAGACGAAAAGAAAAUUUGGCUGAGAAAAAAAAAAAAAACAAGUCAAGACUUGGAGGGAAUGUAAUUGUUUCCUAAACCACAUGUGGUGGGUUAUUUCUUCCUUAUGAUACUGAGGGAUUUGCAAGUUGCUUCUUAGAUAAAAAAUUGAAAUCACGAAGAAUAUAUUUUUUGGUUGAGACCAAAUGUGUUCAGUACUCGAUUCUUUUCGGUUUGUUUUUGGUAUGGUUUCACGCCUUUCUCAUUUCUCUUUUCUUUUCUUUUUUUUUUUUUUUUUUUUUUAAAGAAAAUGUACAAUUGCAUUAUAUUAUUCAUAUCUUUUUAUUUUGUACCUUUGGAAAAAGAACUUAAAAGAAUUUUUUUGUUGAAACUGUAAAAUAUUUUGUCUGGGAAUCGGGCCAGGUUUUCGUUUUUCUUCUCAAAGCUGUCAUUCCUGGCAAAUUGUAAUCUAGUGUUGUUCCAUUACUGCGAGAUGAUGCGUUCAGGGACAGAGAUCGCUCCCUUACCUUUUUUUGUUUUUUGUGUGCGUGCGUGUGUGUGUGUGUGUGUGUGCGCGCGCGUGUGCGUGUGUGUAUGAAGAUCAGAUCUCAGUUGUAUUAAAAGUAGGAAAUGUCCUGCAGCCGCGUGCGUUUGCAGGCACACAUGAAGACACUGACACCAACCCUCACAAUCACUAAGAGCUUCAAAUGGUUUCACCUAUUUCACCAACACGGACUGCAGCCGACUUCUCAGUAGCCUGGAGUUCGGGAGAAUCUGUCUUGCGGGUGUAGAAAUUUGUUGCUUUGACAUUAAAAA